AUGCUUUCAGCUUCAUCAUUAAGAAGGGCCGCAUUCAGUGCCAGAAGUGCUGGUAUCAUCAGAUCCAGAUUGGCAUCGACUUUGGCGGUUAUUGAGCAUGCCGACUCUAAUGUGGCCGCUGGUUCUCUGAGUGCCAUCUCGGCAGCCAAAGAGUUAGCAGGUUCUGACCCAGUGACUGCUAUUAUUGCUGGAUCUAAUGCUGCCAAGGUUGCCGAAUCAUUGGGAAAGGUUCCUGGCAUUAGCAAGAUUCUUGUUGCUAGCAACUCUGCUUACGACAAGGGAUUACCAGAAAACUUGGCUCAAUUAUUGGCCGAGAACGUCAAAAAGAACGGAUUUUCUCAUGUUGUGGCUGCUAGCUCGGCAUUUGGUAAAAAUGUCAUCCCUAGAGUUGGUGCUCUUUUGGAUGUCCAACCCAUUACUGAUAUCAUCAAGAUUGAAUCUGAAGACACUUUCGUCCGUCCCAUUUAUGCUGGCAAUGCCAUUGCUACUACCAAAUCCAAUGAUCAAAUCAAGCUAGUAACCAUCAGAACUUCAGCAUUCGCUGCUGCUGAAACUGAAGGCGGUUCUGGUGCCGCUGUAGAGGAUGCCGUCGAUCCUAAUUCCGAGUCUCUCUCUGAAUGGAUCUCUGAGGAAUUGACCAAGAGUGAACGUCCUGAUUUGGGUGUUGCAUCCAAGAUUGUUUCUGGAGGUAGAGGUCUUAAGGACAAGGAGAACUUUGACAAGGUUAUUUAUCCAUUUGCUGAUGCCAUUGGCGCUGCUGUUGGUGCUUCAAGAGCGGCUGUCGACUCUGGUUUUGCUGAUAAUUCUCUCCAAGUUGGUCAAACCGGUAAAGUCGUGGCUCCCGAGCUUUAUAUUGCCGUCGGUAUCUCCGGUGCUAUUCAACACUUGGCUGGUAUGAAGGACUCGAAGACCAUUGUGGCCAUCAACAAGGACCCAGAGGCCCCCAUUUUCCAGGUUGCUGAUCUCGGUCUUGUUGCAGACCUCUUUGAGGCUGUUCCUGAGCUCACCACCAAGCUCGGUUAA